UAUACACCAUUUCACCAUCCAAUCUCCCACAAACAAAAAUCUCAAACACACACACACACACACACAUACUCUUUCUUUCUUCUCUCUCCACCAAUUCAAGACAAUGCUGGAAGAUUCAGCAUCUGCAAUCCAAUCCUCAUCCCUCUGGGCCUCCAUGAACAGCUGGCUCACUCCCACAGUCCUCUUCCUCCUCCUCAACCUCAUGAUCGCCACCAUUGCCUUCACUUCCUCCACCUUCUCCCACCCCCCAAAUCCCCCUCCCAGAUCCCCCUCCCUCCUCCACCGCAUCAAAUCCAUCAACCUCCUCUCCUCCCCUCCCCCCCAACGCUCCCCCCUCCUCCACAAACACAUCCCCGAUUCCGACACCCACUACUGCUUCCCCAACCCCCAAGAAUCCCCCACCUCCGCCCAAACCGGCCGGGAAACCGAGGCCCACUUCGAUUUCGAGGAAAAAGCUCCGAUCUUUGCCGAUUUCGAGGCGGCCCACGAAGGGGAGAGUGAGAAUCUUGAAAUGAGCUUGGAUGAGGUUUGCAGCCCGCUCAAUAAAGACAGUAGCCACUUUAACAGAACGAAAUCCGACACGAAGCCCGCCGGCGGCGAGAUUCCGGCGAAAUUGGCGGCGAAGAUGCGGAAGUCGGCGAGCGUGAAAUCGCCGUUCAAUCACUUCGAGGAGGGGGACAUCGUGGAGGCGCGGCGGCCGGCGACGGUGAGGGAGGUCCGCGCCGCCGUGGCGGACGAGGGCGGCGUUGAUGCGAAGGCCGACGACUUCAUCAAUCGGUUCAAGCAGCAGCUGAAGCUGCAGCGGCUGGAUUCGAUUAUCAGGUACAAGGAUAUGAUUGGAAGAGGGAGGUAAAUUUGAUUUAACCAAAAAUGGAAAAAAGUUAUUAAAAAUUAUUUUGAGGGGUUGUUCUAGAAUUUAUGUUAAGUUGUGGGGUUCUUUUGUAAUUUUUGGAUUUGUUGGAGUAAAUUGUUGAUGGUGGAAGUUGGAUAUUGUUGGUGUCUUAUUACCAUGUGGUUGGAUAGUUGGAGCUUUGUGUUGUGGCUUGAAUUUGGGAUGGGUAUUUUGGUCAUUUCUCUUGGUGUUUUUGCAUUAAUUUGUAGUGAUCAUAUAUGGUUGGUGAAUGGACGGCUAAUUAUUCUUAUUUACUAGUAUAAUUGUAUUUGCUUUUUA